GUAAUAUAUUGUCUUUUAUCUCCUUUCCCUUUACUCUGUUGGUGUCACGGGAGCUGCCCCUGCCGCUGCUGUACCCUGCCACACCUCCUGCGGGUUAUAGCACGUUGGGACCACUACAAGGGGAGAAUCUGCCAGAAGAAACUGCAUUCAUUUAAACUUGCCUACAGACUAGUGUCUAGUACUGGAAAUGCAGACAAACAAACAAAACCCAGGUGUGACAAAUAGUGGUGCACCACGAGCACCACUGAAAGAAACUACCUCGUCCAACGUUGUAAAUGACGAGGAAAAGGGUCGGAGAGACGGUAACGGCUGUACAGAAGAAAAGGAUAAAACAUGGUCACUUGACAAUUUUGAGAUUGGGAGGCCAUUGGGUAAGGGCAAGUUUGGUAAUGUUUACUUGGCUCGUGAAAAGUCUAGCAAAUUCAUAAUAGCGCUCAAAGUUUUAUUCAAAUCACAGUUGCAGAAGGCACAAGUUGAACAUCAAUUAAGAAGAGAAAUUGAGAUCCAAGCUCAUCUCAGGCACCCGAAUAUUUUGCGUCUUUAUGGUUACUUCCAUGAUGAUGUCCGUGUGUACCUGAUCUUGGAAUUUGCACCUCGUGGAGAAUUGUAUAAGGAAAUGCAAGCACAGCCUCAUGGCCAUUUUGAUGAGAAAAGAUCAGCCAAGUAUAUUUUGCAACUUGCAAGUGCACUGAAGUAUUGUCACACAAAGAAGGUCAUACAUCGUGAUAUUAAACCAGAGAACCUGCUCCUCAGUCUGCGUGGAGACCUUAAGAUAGCUGACUUCGGCUGGUCUGUUCAUGCUCCAUCCUCAAGGCGCACAACAUUAUGUGGCACGCUGGACUAUCUUCCACCUGAAAUGGUUGAAGGGAAGCCUCAUGAUGAAAAAGUGGAUCACUGGUCCUUGGGAGUCCUGUGUUAUGAAUUCUUGUGUGGUAAGCCCCCAUUUGAAGCAGAUUCAAACAGAGAGACGUACAACCGUAUAUCUAAAGUGGACCUGAAAUUUCCUUCGCAUGUAUCUGAUAAAGCCAUGGAUUUAAUGGUGAAGCUGCUGAUGCACAACCCAAGUGAACGCUUAAAUCUUGAUGGUGUUUUACAACAUCCUUGGAUUUUAGAAUUAACCAAAGAUUUUCCCACUCAAACAACCCAUGCCCAUUAAUCAAGUGUCUUCAUAGAAUGUGAGUUUUGUCCAGUAUGUAUUGGUGUUUAAUAUUAAAUUAUCUGAUUUUAUUACUUGUUUUUAUCACUUGCCAUUUAUUCCGAAGUGCAUAUAAAAUAUUUUAUUAAAAUAAAUGUGUAUUAUAGUUGCUAUUUCUGCAUAAAGAACAAAAGGCACAAUAAUGACUAACAAGACACAAAUAACCCGCACAUAGGAGAAAGGAGCUUAUGACGAUGUUUCGGUUUAACUUGGACGUUUAUAGUCCCGCCAACAGAAAGGAGACACGGCAGUAUACAUAGGGCAGCAACAGGGAAGGGAUGAGAGAGAAAGGAAGUAGAGAUAGUAGUAGUAAUGUAGUCAAAGGCCAAGAAAACGGAGCACUGCAGGAGGGCUAAGGGCCCAAAAGGGAGUAGGAACAAACAUGGGGAAGGAAUGGCAAAAGAAAUAAAACCCAAAGCAGAAAGGGAAAGAGGGAGAAGGGGAAAGAAAGAAUCAGGUUAAGUCAUGAGUGUUCUGAAGUUUGGAGCAUUUUAUGAUGUAAUAGGAAAGGAAAGCAUCUAUGGAGACAAAGCCACGACUAUGAUUCAUAAAAGGAAAGUUGUGUACAAGAGUGGAUUCAACCAGACAGUGACUGUGAAAGUUACUACUACCUCUCUACUUCCUUUCCUACUACCUCUCUUGUCCCCCUCCCUGUCUACUGGCCUAUAUAUACUGCCGCCUUCUCCUUUCUGUUAGUGAGACUUUAUAAAUGGUUCAAGUCGGACUGAAAUGUCGUCAUAAGCUCCUCUGCUAUGUGCGUGUUAUUUGUGCAUUUCUGCAUCACUGACAAGCUAAUCUUAUUUGUAAGGUUUCUGAUAAAAUCUAGGAGAGUCAUACAGAAAAUAGAUGUACAAUAUGUGUUUGCCUAGUUUAUUCCAAGUUUCUUUUUUGGAAAAAUGGAAUGUGACCUUACUAGCUAGAGGUGAUUGCCCUUAGAAUCCAAGGAUUUAGUAAUAACUGGUUUUUGAUAGAUACCAUAUUUUUGUGGGCCUGAUGAGAGUAGCACAUUACUGGGGUGAUCUUUUUCUUCAAAAAUUUUAAAUAGCACAAACCUUUGAAAUAUUAUCACUUAUCAAAAGAUCCCAGUCUAGCUAUAACCCACUCUUGACACCCUGUGAAGGAAGAAUAAUAAAGCUUGGAUAUUAUCAGCUAAAACUUUUAUUUUUAAAGGGUUCACUUUAAUUGGGUAAAAUAUGUAACGAAAUACUUUGCAAGGCAACAUGCAAAUUCGUAUUAAAUCGCUUGCUAAUUUGUAGCUGCUAUAUCUUGGUUUUAAAAUGUUUUAAAAUUAACACGUGUAUAGAUGAAUAUGUGAACUUUACAUCUAAUUAUAGAUAGUAGUCAUUAAGUACAGUAGUGGUGCUGGAAAGUCACUUGAUGCUGAAGCUGACAGUUAAGUCAAAACUAUAGUUAACUUUAACAUACUUGAAACUUCUAAAUUAUUCCUACCAUUAAUUUGUGAUGGUAAAGCAAUUUGGGAGUAGAUAUUGACUGAUCUAGCACCUAAAUGCUGUAUCUUCUUAAAAUAAGGAAAAGUGUAUAUUUUUAUGAAUACUAUGACCUUACUAUGUAUAUUAUUUUAUUCAUGGGGAUAUGCUAAUCCCAUAGGGGUCAUAGUGCCUGAAUAUUAAGGAAAAAUAUUUUUAUGCAUGUGAAUACUAGGACCUUACUAUGUGUAUCCUGUCCACAUUUGUGUACUUAGCAAUAUAAAAUAUAGUGCAGCAAGUGUGGCACAAAGAUAUUCAUUAUCUUUAGUAUGAGCCUUGUAAUGUGUACUUGUGUAGAAUUUUAGUGAAAUGUAUAAUUGUCACUGUAUAUAAUAUUUUUUUGGGUGGAUUGGGCCUGAGAAUUUUGUUUUCAUGGAAUGACAGAAUUUUCAGUCAAAUGUUACUUUGGGGUCUACUACAAGUGCCUUUUGUAACAAAAUAAUUUUUUUAACCAAGUGUAGGAUUUGUGAACAAAAGCCCUUUUUAUAUUUGUUCAGUUUGUGGGGAUUUGCUCUUGCUUGUUUUUCACUGUAGAAUAUUUUUCCUAGAUACCCUUUGAUGAUACCUUUGAUUUUUGUCUAGCCAUCCACAAUUAAAUAAUCAUGGAAGUGUUAAGCCCAUAGGGGUUAUACGAUGCCUGGGAAUAGGUAAUUGUUUGAUGAAAGGAAGGAAAGGGCAUUUCCAAUUUCUUGGACACAAAGCCUUAGUCAUACAUAAUCCUGCUUUUUGUGUGCUUCAGUUUUUCGAGUUAAAAUAUUGUAUACCACUUUUAUAAUUAUUUUUAAAACUACUGUCUCCUUUUGAUUUUUUGUAGCACUAAUAAUGUGCAGACCAAAAAUACACCAGACUAUGUUUGUGCUUCAUAGUCUUGUUUGCAACCAGGAAGACUUGAUCAAACCUAAUUACCUACCAUUCCCAAGAUGCUGAUUAACCUCAAUAAAGUAAUGGUUUCCCUUGAAUAUUAUAGCAGUGUCCCUAGUGAAAAUGAAAGUAUUUCUUGUGCAUUUUCCACUAAGAUUAUACAAAUAUUAAAUUAUUUAUAGCUGUUCCUGAGAGUGAACUUGGGUAUCUUUUUAACUAUGCUUUUGGUGCUUCAGGUUGGUGCCUGGAUGAAUUAAUUAGAUUUUCCUCUGAAUAUUAUAUUUGUCCUGAUUAGCUCAUGUUAAUACUGAGGCCACGAUGUGUUUCAUUAAUUAUUAUUUACGUAUAGUGUGAUUGUAUGCAAAUAUAAUAGGCAUUAAGUUUUGCUUUAAAAGGCAUUACUUAAAAGAACUUAAGAUGUAUAAAAUAAACACGGUGAAUAAC